UUAUAUAUGUGUGUGCCCCCCCACCCCUCGGAUCGCUCAUGGUUGCCUCUACUGGCCAAUUACGUCACUGCAUGCGCUUUCAUCCCUGAUUGGUCCAAUGAGCGAAGCGGACGCCUCUCUCUUCCUGAUGGCAUGGAAACAGGGGAAGAAAAAUCGAGGUCAAAAUAUUUUGACACGUGACUCAGUAGCGAUUGGUUAUCGAUGCGUCAAGACCCGACACAUGGCACGGGCAUAUGCGCCCGAAGUGGCGUGAUGAAGGAUCAUCGUUGUGGAAGAAAACAUACUGAUCUGUGUUUAUAGUUGCUAGUUAAAGAAUACGUGCUUUCAGGAUGUCUGUGUCUGUCAGCAGGACAUGUACCCAUGUCUAGUGAUCAAUAAUAUGAAAUAGUUAUUCAUUUAACCGUUGAACUGGGCAUGUGGGUAACGCUACUAUUGACGUAAUCUGUGUAGAGAAACGCUGAUCUGAUACGAUGGAGCUCUUGGAGGAGGACCUCACAUGCCCGAUAUGCUGUUGUCUCUUCGAGGACCCACGCGUUCUGCCGUGCUCACACAGCUUCUGCAAAAAGUGUCUCGAGGGCAUCCUGGACGGGAACCGGAGCCCUGCAUGGAGACAACCGUUCAAAUGUCCGACCUGUCGAAAGGAGACCGUGCACAACGGCAUCGCGAGCUUGCAAGUCAAUUACUCCCUGCGUGGCAUCGUGGAGAAGUACAACAGGAUUCGAGUGCUGCCAAAGAUGUCUCUCUGUCGAGCACACAGUGGACAACCGCUCAACAUUUUCUGCGCCACGGAUCUGAAACUCAUCUGUGGCUUUUGCGCCACGACAGGUGUUCAUAAAGGACACAAGUUUUGCGCGCUGGAAGAGGCGUACGAACGCGAGAAGGCUGCGUUUGAGGAGUUGUUUCGAGUCGUGGAAGGCUGGAGGGGUGCGGAGGUGCAUUCGUGCUUGGAGUCGUUGGAGGGAGCGAAGAAGAAAGCCCUGGAGAGUGUCUCACGGGACGCGGAUCGAGUUUCCGAGUACUUUGACAAACUCCUGCGCGCCCUGGAGCACAAACGGAGCGAAAUCCUCUCUGAUUUUGAGACUCUGAAGCUCGCGGUAAUGCAGACCUUUGACCCCGAGAUCAACCGAUUGCGCUCGGCGCUGGAGGAGCAGCGGCGCGCACUCAACAUCGCCGAAUCCUUUCGUUCUCUCUCCGAUCCGCUCACCUUCCUGCAACAGAUGCAGGACUUCAGAGAAAACCUGCACGUCCUUCGGGGAACGCCUCUGCCGUCGCGGACAGACAUGGACGUGGGUCUGCUUGGCUUGCAGAGCUUCGAUGUGAAGGAAUGGGACCGGUUCCGUCUUGGAGAGGUGGACAAACUGUGCGCCCCCUACGAGAGCAGCGCUUACCUGGCUCCACAGCCCCCCGCUGCGCCGCGCUUCUCCCGUAUGAUGUGGAGAGUUCUUCUGGUUGUAUGUGCGUGUCUCCCUGCGCUGAACUUUCUGCCUUCGGACUGUCUUUCCCUGAGCUUCCACGAGCAGCUGAUGACACUCGGUGGCCUUUCUCUGCCAGGUCCAGGAGAAAUUCUGCGCUGGCUCGGGUUCUGCUGGAAAGAAGCGGCAGCAGUCUGCACACUUUUAACCGAGCUGUGCCGGAACUGCAUCUUGGAAAUGAUAAACACGACAUCAGAUUUCAUCAGCUGAUUCUAUAGAACUCCAUCCAUUAGGUACUUUUUUUUUAAAAUAGGCUACUACGGUGUCAACCAAGAAUAUGCCGCAGAUUUGUACCUUUGGGAAAUGUUAGUUUUUGUUUCUAUUCAUGUUGUUGAAUUUGUGACAAUAAUUGCCAUUUCAUAGAGUGUACAGUCAGCAUUUGUGUGCAGAAACGUGCCUCAGACGUGUGAUGUGUGUGCCAUUAAAUUACACUGGUGUUGUCUGUUGAUUUCAGUAAAUGGAAAAACAAGUGUGGAUGGAUCGUGGUUGAGUUAUUGGCUAACAUCUCCAUAUCCUUAAGUUAAUAAAAUGCCUUUUUCACUGCA